AUGAAGAUCACCCUUCCUAUUACCCUCUUCCUGGGCGUAGCCAUUGCCCACCCCCAUUGGGGCGCAGCGGACAUCUCCCACUGGAAACCUGCCGGACCAGAUGACGACCGCGGUCCCUGCCCAAUGAUGAACACUCUAGCGAACCAUAACUUCCUCCCUCACGACGGCCGCAACAUCACCCGUCCCAAACUCAUUGAGGCGCUGGGGGCCGCUCUGAACUUCACCUCUUCGCUUUCAUCGGUGAUGUUCGACAUGGCGAUUGUUGUGAAUCCGGAGCCGAAUGCGACAUACUUUACUCUUGAUCAAUUGAACCAGCAUAAUAUUCUCGAACAUGAUGCCAGUUUGAGUCGUGCGGAUGCAUACUUAGGAAACAACCACAUCUUCAACGCCACCAUCUUCGAGCAAACCCGCCAAUACUGGACCUCCUCAAUCCUUGACGCCACCAUGCUCGCCAACAGCAAGCUGGCCCGGCAGAUCACCUCGCGAGCAACCAACCCGACCUACACGUUCACCGCGAAGACGGAGGAGUUCAGUCUCGGCGAGGUGGCGGCGCCGAUUAUUGUGUUUGGAAACUUAACGGCUGGGACGGUGAGGAGGGAUUUGGUGAAGUAUUUUUUCGAAAAUGAACGACUACCAGUUGAGCUAGGGUGGAGGACAAAAUCUGAGGCGGUGGGGCUGGAGGCCAUCACUGCGAUGUCGAAUAUGAUUCGGAAUAAGACUUCUUUGUUGACGGGAUCUGGACCGGUGUCCGGGUCGGAAGUGAGUAAGAGGGACUUGCAUUUUGGGACGCGGGGUUAGUUUGAUGUCUUCUGGUUAUGUAUUAG